AUGAUCUUCAACAGAUUUGCGCUUAAUGUCACUCACUUGCUUAGGGUUGUUCGCUUACAUUCCCGUCGUGGCCUGUUGGCCUUCCCUCUCUUUAGACUCCACUACCUUUCGCUUGAUCACGAAAUCGCGUUUCUCCCCCCGUCCCGUCCCGUCUUCUCUUCUUCAACUCUCCGGCCUCACUUCAACAACAACGCCGCCUUUUGCGAGCGAAGAAUCUUGUUCUUCCUCUUCCCGACCUCCUCUUUCUUGGUGCGAUUCCAGUUGCUCUCUUGUUUUUUUGCAGAGUUGCGCUGGUCUUGUCCGUCCACUCCUUUUUCUAUACGUUACAUAUCUUACUUAGUUUUACACUCACCAUUCGAGCUGCUCGUCAUAUCUGCCAAUUCUCUGCGAUUCAUCUCGACAAUUUUCAAGCCCGUUGCUGCCGCUUCUAUCCGACGCGACAAAUCUCCUCGAAGCCGCCAACAUAUCAUUGCUAUUCAACCGCUCGAAUUGAACGACCAAGCGAGUCUGGCGGUCCCGGAACGAAUAUCCGCUUGUCCUAUGAACUAUUAA